CCUACAUUUUGCCAAAUGCAUUUGUUUCCCUCCGAUAUCCAUUUCUCGAUUCUAGAGGAUCCAUUCCAAUACCAAAUCAUGAGGAACGAAUUUUGCUCAACUGUGCGAACUCCGGUACUAGAUUUCCUCAUCAAAUCCGCUCAACAACUUGAAGUUCCUCCGAUCGUUAAAUACGCUGGAUUAUCUUUCUUUGCCGAACGAUUCUACCCGAUCAUCUCCAGAUUUAAACAGGACAGUCUAGGACACUGGCUGUUACAACCAGUAAGAGAAAGCAAUCUCCAGCUGUUUGCUCUUAUUUCAAUAUGGAUCUCAAGCAAAAUACAUGAUUCUCAUCCCUUAUCUGUCAAAAAGUUGAAAACCGUGGCUGACAAGAUAAUCCAGGAGCAGCAUUAUACAACUAGAGAUUUUGCAGAUGCAGAGGUGAUCUUCAUGCAGGUAUUGGAUUUUGAGAUUGGUACAUCAAAUAUUGCCUACAGGUUCCUUGAAGACUUGGUUAUUCAGUUAAAGGAAGUUGCAAUAGUCGGGUACCAUUUGAAUUUUGAAGUAUGCAUGGACAUUAUGGAUCUUCUGUAUGAAAAGGAGGAAACAUCAGAUCUUUAUAGUUCUCCGCGUUCUUUAGCAGCAUCAAUCCUGGUUGCCUCGUAUGUUGUUACAGUUCCUAAACAAACAUGGGAGUUUCCUAUUCUUCCUUGGGUGAAACAUGAGAUGGGAAUCAAAGAGGAGGAGAUCAUAGAAGUUGUGAGAGACAUAUUAACACAUGUGUUACAACCAUGUUCAUGGUGAUGUGUGUGUGUGUAUGUAUAUAUAUAUAUGCUUACACCAUUCAACAAUGAAUUGGUUUGUGAAAGAUUUUUCUUUUGAUUUCAUGGGGUCCUUUCUCAUUAGGGUUGUUUGCGAUUGUGAAUCGUAGGUCUUGAGUCGUUUGUUCUAUUAUGUGAAUCUUGGUUGUUCAUUUGUUUCAACCCUCUUAGGUAAGUUCGUGACUUUCGCU